AUGUUUACAUUGUGCAAAUUAAACCGUGGAAAUAAAGAAUCUGAAGAAACGAACCUGGAAAAUCAAAGCGAUAAUAUGGAGGUUAGUGCAUCAGGUAGUGCAUAUAGAGCUGAAGAUAAUAGUGAGGAAAAUAUCUCUGAUUAUGAUGAGGAGGAGUUGGAACCACAACGCCAGAUCGUAGAGGUAGACAAUAUGAGUUCAGAAGAUGAAGAAUUAGAGCAAAUAAACCAGGAAAAUCAAAGCGAUAAUAUGGAAGUUAGUCAAUCAGGUAGUGCAUCUGGAGCUGAAGGUAAUAGUGACGAAAAUAUCUCUGAUUACGAUGAAGAGGAGUUGGAACCACAACGCCAGAUCGUAGAGGUAGACAAUAUGAGUUCAGAAGAUGAAGAAUUAGAGCAAAUAAACCAGGAAAAUCAAAGCGAUAAUAUGGAGGUUAGUCAAUCAGGUAGUGCAUCUGGAGCUGAAGGUAAUAGUGACGAAAAUAUCUCUGAUUACGAUGAAGAGGAGUUGGAACCACAACGUCAGAUCGUAGAGGUAGACAAUAUGAGUUCAGAAGAUGAAGAAUUAGAGCAAAUAAACCAGGAAAAUCAAAGCGAUAAUAUGGAGGUUAGUCAAUCAGGUAGUGCAUCUGGAGCUGAAGGUAAUAGUGACGAAAAUAUCUCUGAUUACGAUGAAGAGGAGUUGGAACCACAACACCAGAUCGUAGAGGUAGACAAUAUGAGUUCAGAAGAUGAAGAAUUAGAGCAAAUAAACCAGGAAAAUCAAAGCGAUAAUAUGGAGGUUAGUCAAUCAGGUAGUGCAUCUGGAGCUGAAGGUAAUAGUGACGAAAAUAUCUCUGAUUAUGAUGAAGAGGAGUUGGAACCACAACGCCAGAUCGUAGAGGUAGACAAUAUGAGUUCAGAAGAUGAAGAAUUAGAGCAAAUAAACCAGGAAAAUCAAAGCGAUAAUAUGGAGGUUAGUCCAUCAGGUAGUGUAUAUGAAGCAAAUACUUCUUAUUAUGAUGAGAAGUUGGAACUACAACACCAGGUAGUUGAGGGAGAGGAUGGAGAAUUGGACUAUAGUACUCAGAGAAAUCUGAAUGAUCAUAUUGAAUGUAACGAAUUUCGUCGAAAUGAGGAAAGUCACAGUCAAGCUUUUGAUGAAACAGAUCACAGAGCAAACUCUGAAAACAAUGAACGUCCUGUUGAUGCAUCAACUGAUGAAGAAUUAGAUGAUGAUCCUCCUCUAUAUGAGAAUGCUCCUAUCACACUAUCCGAAAGUAUGUUGAGCAUUUUUAUGUACUCUAUAAAACACAAUUUAAGUGGUUGUGCUCUGUCUGAUUUGUUGUCAGUAAUAAGUGCACACAUACCACCGAAUUCUCAUCAUAAAAAAACUAUCUAUUUUUUCACAAAAUAUUUUAACAAUGACAAUAUUACGAUGAAAAAACACUAUUAUUGCCCAGAUUGUACAAACCGUUUGACUUCAGAGAACGCGGUUUGUGAAUGUAUCGCUAAUGUAAAUGACAGGCACGAACCGUUAUAUUUUAUUGAACUUUCGAUCAUUGAUCAAUUACAAGCCUUACUCCUUCGUGAAGGAUUUCUUGACGAUUUAUCACAUCCCCAACAUCGUCAAAAAGAAAAAGAUGGUAAUAUAGAAGAUAUCUACGAUGGUUUGCUAUAUAAAGAGCACAUGAAAGAAAAUAAUCCUGAUUCUGAGGAAUUUACAAUUUCAUUUAUGUGGUAUACUGACGGUUGUACCAAUAUUUAA